AUGGCAUCUUCUUCUUCUUUUUCUUCUGCGAGUAAUUCACAAUAUUGUCCUCGAUGGAAGUACAAUGUCUUUCUAAGUUUUAGAGGAAAAGAUACCCGGAGAAAUUUUACGAGUCACUUGUACCAAGGUUUGAAAGAUAGGGGAAUAUUCACUUUUCUAGAUGAUGAAAGGCUAGAGGAUGGCGAUUCCAUCUCAGAAGAACUCGUGAAAGCGAUAGAAGAGUCUCAAGUUGCCAUAAUCGUUUUCUCAAAGAAUUAUGCUACGUCAAGGUGGUGCCUAAAUGAACUAGUGAAAAUUAUGGAAUGCAAGGAGAAAGAAAAUGGACAAACAGUCAUACCGGUCUUUUGUUAUGUGGAUCCAUCACAUGUUCGAAAUCAAAGUAAGAGCUUUGCAAAGCAUUUGUCAAACACGAAUCGAGCUAAUUUAUGUAGGAUUGAAUCAGAGAAAAUUCAACAGAUCGUCGACCACAUCUCUUCCAAAUUUUGCAAGAGUGCUCGUUCUUUAUCUUAUUUGCAAGAUAUUGUGGGAAUAAAUGCUCAUUUAGAGAAACUAAAAUCCCUACUUCAAAUAGAAGUCAAUGAUGUUCGGAUUGUAGGAAUCUGGGGAAUAGGCGGAAUCGGUAAAACAACAAUAGCAAAAGCCAUCUUUGAUACUCUAUCUCAUCAAUUUAAAGCUGCUUGUUUUCUUGCCAAUGUUAAAGAAAAUGCAGAAAAGAAUCAACUGCAUUCCUUACAAAAUACCCUUCUCUCUGAAUUGUUAGGAAAAAAGGAUGAUUACGUCUGUAAUGAGUAUAAUGGGAAGUGCAUGAUUCAGAGCAGACUUUGUUCUAUGAAGGUGCUAAUUGUGCUUGAUGACAUAGAUCAUGAUGAUCAUUUGGAUUAUUUAGCAGGUGAUGUUGGUUGGUUUGGUAAUGGCAGCAGAGAUAUUGUAACAACUAGAAAUAGACAGUUGAUAGAGAAGGAUGAUGCAAUAUACGAAGUGCCUACACUACUUGAUCAUGAAGCUAUGCAAUUGUUCAAUCAACAUGCUUUCAAAAAAGAAGUUCCCGAUGAGUGUUUUAAGAAGUUUUCGUUGGAAGUAGUAAAUCAUGCUAAAGGCCUUCCUUUAGCCCUCAAGGUUUAUGAUGGGUUGGAGCCCGAAGAGCAAAAGAUAUUUUUAGAUAUUGCAUGUUUCUUCCGUCGGCAUGGAAGAAAAACAGUCAUGCAAAUUGUUGAGAGCUAUGAUUCUGGAGCUGAAUACAUAAUGGAUGUCCUAAUUGAAAAAUCUCUUGUAUUCAUCUCUGAAUAUGAUAGAAUUGAAAUGCAUGACUUGAUAGAAGAUAUGGGUAAAUACAUAGUAAAAAUGCAAAAAGAUUCCGGAAAACCUAGCAGACUAUGGAAUGUUGAAGAUUUCAAAGAUAUGAUGGUGGGCAAUAUGUGGAAGCAAUCUGGUUUACUUAUUUUGAAAAACUACGUGUUAGCAAAGAGGCAAUGA